GUACCUGAGUCGUCCUGCGCAGGCUUUUAUUCGAAACUCGGUUUUCGCGAUUUUUUCACUUGAAAAGUCCUGUUUUCACACAAAUCCACUCGGCAUCGCUUCGAGGACACGAAAUGCGGUUUAUUUUUAAGUGGUAAAGAAUAGAGUCGGUGGAAAAACGCAUAAAUAAAGCUUGGGAGUUAAAGAGAGAUAGAUAUGCGAGGUAGAUCAAUAUAAUUUGAGGAGCACGGCAGAGAAAUGGACACGAACCGGGAACGAAAUCAAAAUAACCGAGUUAUCGAAAUUCGAAUACGAUAGUGAUGAGAGUGUGGUGCUUUUAGGACUUUGAAUUAGCGAAAAUGUCUUUCAGGAAGACUAGAAUCGAGUACGUCUUGGCAAUUAUAGUGAUAGUAUUGCUAGCAAUAACAAGAGUUAUUAAUGCGGAAUGUCAAACGCGCCAGAUCUACUGUUACGAAUGCGACAGUUGGUCAGAUAUGCGCUGUAAAGACCCCUUUAACUACACUGCCCUGCCUCGGGACCAGCCGCCCCUGAUGACCUGCAACGGCUGCUGUGUAAAAAUGGUCCGAAACGCCAAAUCUCCUUACGAGGUGGUGCGUCGCACGUGCACCUCCCAGCUCCAGAUCAACCUCUUCAUGGUGGACCACGUGUGCAUGAUGGAAAGUAGCGGAACUGGCCACAUGUGCUUCUGUGAGGAGGACAUGUGUAACGGCCAGGCCCCCACCAAGGGCCCCCUUUUAACACUCGUAGUAGCUUAUCUGCUCCUCUGCAUGUAUUAUUAUAGGUAGACAGUGCAUUAAAGCCACCACGCUUCAAGAAUGAAGAACUGUAGUUGUGUAGAGUUGUAGCCGACACGACUUCCAUCCAGAGAACCGAUUUUAUUUUUUUAUGGUUGACAAUAACUAACACACAGAAGCGAGAACUAACUGAUGCAUGAGUUUGAGUUUUAUUUGGCUUCUGACACACACACUACAGGUGGUGACUGGGGAAGUGGUACAUACAACUGCAUGCGUUUUAAGGGACUUGACCCACUUUUACUAGGAUUAAGUGCGAUUUUUAAAAUUAGUGCAAAUUUUUACGAUGCAAUAUUAUGCUAUAACAGUAUUAUCGAGGUACGUAUUUAACACUAAACAGUCUUGUUAUGCUCAUCGGUCAAUUACAACAUCCAGAACCGGGGAUUUACCCCUUUUAUUGUGUGUCUAGGAUUACUAACGAACCCAAAAAGCCGUUCUAGUGUUAUUUAAUAAAUCUAGGCAUAUCAUGUAUUGUGCGAGGCAACAAAACAAUAAUUCUCUCAUAUCGUAUUGUAUUUUGGGGCGGACGAAAAGGAAGCGGCUUUCGAAUGCAUUUUUUAGUGAUGCCCAAUUGUUAAGAAGAAUAAUAACAACAUCCAAUUGUAAAAAAAUUAUUAUGUUUGUAUUUGCCUGAAAAAUUAAGUAACAAAUUAUGCGCUCACACGCAAUCUAAAAUUUUGAAUUUCCCGCGAGGUCAAGUUACUAACACUCCGCACGAAAAGUAGUACCGCACCAAAUUUAAGUUUUUCACUUUCUUGAAGCUAUGUGUAUUUCAGGAAAUUUUAGCAAAAAAAAUCAAAAUUUUAAAUCUCGUCAAAAGUUGAUAUAAUACAGAAAAUGAGUUGCUGAAUUCAAUGGAACAAACCGCAUUGCUCUACGACUUUUAGUUUUUGAGUUAUGAAUUUUUUUGUUGGAUAAAAUUUUCCACUAUGACAAAUGGCUACCCUAAAUUUAGGCAAAAAAUUUUAAAUUUUUAAUUCUUGUGAAAAAUUGAUAUAAUAUGUAAAAUGAGCCGUAGAAUUCAAUCGAACAAACUGCAAUGCUCUACGACUUUUAGUUUUUUUUUUAUGAAUUUUUUUAGUGAAAAACUUUGAUUGGCUCUGUAGCCGGAACCGUUGCCCGGAGCGGCUCCGGGUUUAAUCGAAAAAAUAGAGAAAAUUAAGCGCUAUCAGAUGGUUUUUUGUUCGUUGCUCUAAGUCUUACAGUUUCCGAGAAAAACGCAAAAAAAGUUUCCAUUUUCACUUUUUUUCAAUUUUCAACCGCCAAUUACGGCGAAACUAUUAGAGUUAUCGAGAAACGGAAAAAUCGAGGAGAACCGGAAUAAAAAACUCUACAAAACGGCAUAGGACUCAAGGCGAUAUCUCGCAAAAAAAAUUCAAUUUUCAAUCGCUGAUUAUGGCCAAACUAAAAGAGCUAGGAGAAAACUCUUUUUUCCCUCGUAAAGAGCACAUCAAAAUCUAUAAGAUAGGAUCGGUUUUAUUCGAUUUUGAGACACUUUAAAAAUUGACCGAUUUUAAGGGCUCGGGUGUCAACUUUUUUUUAACUUUUUUUAUAUUCUCAUUUACGGCUAAACUAUUUCAAAAAAUGAAACUAUUUUGAUCCAUACCUAUGCAAAAUGAUCCGGGGAAUCGAUUGGCAUCAAAAAAAUUACCAAAUUCUCAAUAGUUUUUAAGUUAUGAAUUUUUUAAAAUUUUACCAAUUUUUGCUUUUAUUUGCAAUUUGCUCGAAAACUAUUAGUCGGAGAACACUAAUUUUUUUUGAAAAAGAUAGAUAAUUUAAAGAGCUUUCCAACGAUAAUACACUUCAUAGGGUUAUCUUUAAUAGUUCCGGAGUUAUUGCUUGACAAAUGUUCCGGAUACCCAGAAUCGACCAAAAUGGUGACAAAAAUUGCAAUUAUCAAAAUUCUAAAAAUCAAAGCAAUUAAUUUUAUUUCAACUUUUAACAACUCUAGGGGGUUGUUAAGGCAUAUAUAAGUCCAAAAAACUAUGAUAGAACGAGUUAAAAAAAAUAUUUUUUCACUUUCAAAUUGUUUAAUUUCGCAUUUUGGACGUCAAAAUUAACGCCGUUAUGAAUAAACAACUUGUAAUAUGUACACUCAUGGGUGGAAUAUUCUGAAUCUUUCCAAAAAUGUUCAACUUAAUGCCGUCAAAUAACCAAACGCAAGUCCAGUACCACUAACAAAUAUUUACGAAAACGCAACUCCGAUUACUAACACUUCAAAACGGCGUUAAACACAAAUAAUACAUAAUUUUAUCACAAGUUUUGAAUUCAAACUUAACAGGCGCAGAAACUUGACAGGUUCUACAAAUCGGCGGAGGAUUACAAGCGGGCAAGUGUUGCCAACUGGUUAUUUUAGUGUUUUAAUCAAUCUAACGCUCGAAAAAUAAAAUAAUUCACGAAAUUUUUUUUUGGUAAAAAUCGAAGGCGCGUCCUUUUCUCGGCCCCGUCAACUCUACCUGUCUGUCGAAUAAUUCCGCUCAAUAGCCCUAAGUUGUUAUAAGUAUCCACACUGCAUCUCCUAACUGAAGUAGUGACUAACAUUAGAGGAUAGAGCAUGAUUGCACGAUUUGCACAAAUUUUGAGACUAGAGAAGCAAAUUGUGGCAUGAGGCAGGCUUUUGGUUGUUUGUUGUGGAUGCGCGUUUUUCCUUCACAACAAACGAAAAACUGACGGCAUGUUUAGUGAGGAAAGCUUUUCAAAAAAAUUAACACUCCACCUCACAGAAGAUAGGCCAUUUUACGAUAUUUACGUCAUGUACACCGGCGAAAAUUUCGCGCGAAAGAGGACACAGUGCCCGAGUUUCGCGCAAUGUGCCCUUGGCGCGGAAUUUUGGCCCCUCAUCCCGAUGUUUUAAAUGUAAAUAUAUCAUUGUUGAUGUAGUUUUAUCAUAUCAUUCGAAAAUAAAUAUUUAAGUAAAGUUGAA